AUGGCGUCAGACGUCGUCCGCGAUGGCGUCUUUGCCAUCAACAAACCAUGCGGCCAUAGUUCGGCCCAGGUUGUGCGAGAGUGUCAACAGGCCUUCAACCCGUCGACCUUCUUCCGACCCAUGAUCGAGGCCGAACUCGCGCGGCGGCUCAAGGAGUCGGGCAAGCAGUUCAACCGCAGAAAGGCAGAGAAGAAGGCGUCGCAGGUCAAGAUAGGACACGGGGGCACGCUGGAUCCCCUGGCGACGGGUGUGCUCAUCCUGGGCAUCGGGUCCGGCACCAAGGUGCUGUCGCAGUUUCUCGACUGCACCAAGACGUACGAGACGACUGUCGUCUUCGGCGUGAGCACCGACACCUACGACCGGGUCGGCCGGGUGCUGUCCAGGAAGGGCUACGACCACGUCACCCGGAGCCUGGUCGAGAAGGAGCUGGAGGGCUUCCGCGGCAGGCAGACGCAGAUCCCGCCCCUGUACUCGGCUCUCAAGAUGAACGGGAAGCCGCUCUACGAGUACGCGCGCGAGGGCAAGCCCAUUCCGAGGGAGAUCGAGGGCAGGCAAGUGGAGGCGCUGGAAGUCGAGCUCGUCGAGUGGUACGAGCCCGGCAAGCACAACCACCGGUGGCCGACCGAGGAGGCCGAGGCCGCGGAGCGCAAUCUCGCCGAGCAGGUGUGGAGGGUGAAGAAGCAACAGGAGACGGGCAAGACGCUGACGCCCGAGGAGAAGGAGCAGGAUGACCAGGCGAUCGCGGCGCACGAGACGUUCAAGAAGCGGUUCGAGGAGCGGCAGGACGAGCUGAUCAAGGACGCGCCGUCCAGGAAGAGCCGGCACGUCAAGGACGCCAAGGCCUUGAUGUCGGGGGCGCUGGGCCAGAUGCCGCAGCCCGUCUACUCGAGCAAGGGGUCCAAUCUGGUGCCCGCGACGCCCGACUCCAGCACGCCCCCUCCGUGGAACGACGAGGGCCCUCCGGCCUGCAAGAUCCGGCUCACCGUGUCGUCGGGGUACUACGUCAGGAGCUUCUGCCACGACCUGGGCUCCAGGCUGGGGUCGGCCGCCAUCAUGGCCGAGCUGUGUCGCGUGCGCCAGAGCGACUUUACGGCGGGCGGCAUCAACACGCUCGAGUACGACGACCUGGCCAAGGGCGAACAGGUCUGGGGGCCCCAGGUGGCCGACAUGCUGGCCCGUUGGAACGGCGAGCCAGAGGGCAGCUGGCCGGGACGGCGGGCGAGCCCCAAGCCCGACCGCGACAACACGUCCCCCCUGGAGAAGCAGCAGCAGCAGCAGCAGAAACGACGGCUGUCCGUCGAGGCCGAGUCGCCCGGUGGACAGGCCAAGAGGCGACGCGGGCCGUCAAGCGAGUCGGGCGAGCCUGCGCGCAAGGCAACGCGGACUUUGUCGUCCGCGACAAAACGCGGCAGGUCAGACGACGAAAGGUCAUGGAAUGGCAUUGAAGACUAG